AUGCUGCAGUUAGGAGACGGUGUGACCUGCUUCUCGGCUCUGUUUGUGUUCGUGCUGCUCGGCACCAGGAGCGCAGUGUGCUCCAUCAGCCUCACCGCGAUUCUCUACCUCUUCCUGGUGGUCUUCCGGUUCCCACAAGUCCCCGCGAGCCGCGCCAGGCAGGUGCUGCGGCCCGGGAGGCUCGCGCCCGGCGGCGUGUCGGUGGUGGCUCACCGGGCCGGUGCUCACGACGCCCCUGAGAACACCAUCGCAGCAAUAAGAGCGGCCAGUGCGAACGGAGCGACAGGAGUAGAGCUGGAUUUGGAGUUCACCGCCGAUGGCGUUCCCAUCCUGAUGCACGAUGAAACCGUGGACCGGACCACCAACGGAUCGGGACCACUGAGCAAGCUGCGCUUCUCGGAGGUUGGCAAAUUGGACGCCGCCGCCAAACAUAGACUCAGUGACCGUUUCCGUGGAGAGAAGGUUCCGACUCUGCAGGAGGCGGUAGAGGAAUGCAUCAAACACCAGCUGAUCAUCUACUUCGAUGUCAAAGGUCACCCAGAUGAGGCCGCAGCAGCUCUGAAGCAGCUCUAUGAGAAACACCCGGUGCUCUACAACUCCAGCGUGGUGUGCUCCUUCGAACCCAAAGUCAUCUACAGGAUGAGGCAAGCCGAUCCAGACGUCGUGACGGCGCUGACGCAUCGGCCGUGGAGCCUGAGUCACUUUGGCGACGGGUCGCCGCGGUUCUCGUCGGCAUGGAAACAGCACUGGAUGCAGGUGAUGGACGUGUUGCUGGACUGGGCGCAUCAUCACCUGCUGUGGAAACUGUGCGGCGUGUCGGCUUUCCUACUGCAGAAAAACUACAUCUCCAUGGACACGGUGCAGUACUGGGCCGAGCGUGGCGUGGAGGUCGUGGCCUGGACCGUGAACACAGCCGUGGAGAAGAACUUCUACCAGCAGCAACUGAACAUCAAUUACAUCACAGACAGUCUGACAGAGGACUGUGAGCCGCACUACUGACACACACGCGCACACACACACACACAGAGUCAACUUCAUUUCCAAAGCAAAUGCACACAGCAUUUGGCCUUAAAUUAUUAGUAAUUAUUAAUACCAUGUUCAUCAGUUUAUAAUGGGUAGUAAUUUAAUAAAGUGUGUGGUGAGGCGUGUUGCGAUGUACAAGUCGGUAUCUGGAAUACCAUAUUUUUCAGAAUAUGUGACACGUUUAUUUUCCUCUAGUAGGUCCUGGGGAUUAUAUAGUGAAGCAGCAUAUGUCAUAAGUUACAGAUAUUCACGUAUUUGUUCAUGUUUUCAUGGUAGACGUGCUAAACCAGCAGUUAUCGGAAGGUGCUAACAUAACAUUGCAAACCUCGGGACAGAAUCUAGACUAGAGUACACCACGAGGUGGCGCUAACAUCCGCUAACCUUGGUGUACUCCAGUACAGAAAUACGGUAGUUACACAGUUAUGGUAUGUAUACUGACAUCGGAAAACAUUACUUCUGGGUACGCUGUUUGUCUUGACGUUAGGAUAAAGAGAUAAAACUGAGGAAGCGAUGUUCAUCGAGAAACUGCUGAAAGCUGAGAGCGAUCCUAAUAUCAGGUCUUCUCGCAGUUUCAGAGCAAACGGUGCAAAAGCUCUUACACCACAGCGCUCGCUCGAUCCUGAUCGAUCGCAAGGUGUUGAUUAUUUUUCUGACAGUAGUGCAGCUACAAAUGACAGGUUCCUAUUAAUGCACUCGUCCUAAUAGGUCAUCGUUUCUACAGUAACAGCUGCUUAACACGGCACACAAUCUAAACCUGAAUGUAUAAUAAUUGGUACGGUGCCGUUUAUUUAAUGGUCAGUAAGUUUUCCGUCACAGGAAAGUCUUCAGGACAGACGGCUUGACGUAAUUUUCCGGGUUUCUCAGUCACGUGACAUGCUGCUUUGUUCUUUUCGCAGACAUUCCACAAUAUGCGCAUAAAAACUAUGAAGUGUCAUAUAUAUAUAUAUAUAUAUAUAUAUAUAUAUAUACAUACAUACACACACACAUACACAUACACAUAGUAGUCACUGACAAAUCGCUGUGGUAUAAGAGGAACAAAACACUUCAGGUGUGCUGUUAUAAGCAAAUGAGCAACUUGAUUAUUUUCCUAUAACAGCAUGCUCCCAAAUGUGUUUUAGGUUUAUUCAGCAAAAUAGAUUGCUGUGUUCCACGAGGCCAGAGAUCAUGUUGAACACAUUUGGUGGUUUUCUCUGUGAGGAAAACAAGAUAGCACUCUCUCUCUCUCUCUCUCUCUCUCUCUCUCUCUCUCUCUCUCUCACACACACACACACACACACACACUUAAAACCUCAGUCAAACCUUUAAUAUUAAUUUUUUUUUAACAGUGCCAUAGAUUGUUUCAGGCACUGAAUGCAUCAUAGUAAUCUAUUAUCUUUUCUGAAUGAUGGUGUGUGAGACGCCCUGUGAUUUACAUGCACAAUAACUGGAAUUGUGUUAAUAUUGUAUACUUCCUAAGACAAAAACGUUAGCUGUGUUUCAUUGUACUUGAUAUAUCAACUACUCAGGUGAGCAUGUCAAUAUAAAUAUAAUUUUUUUUUUUUUUCAUUCAUUUCAGUGCUUUGGCAUUUAAAAUCUGACCCGUUAUUAAGAAUGAAACUGUUCUCAGAGCAUGAGGCUUUCACUAACAGAAAGGGAACUUUGAGAUUUCUUAGUGUAGUUAAUAAUUGGCUAGACUUUUAUCAUGGUUUAUGAUAUUAUUGCAUUAUUAUAUUGUAUUUGUAAAAUUCCAGUAGAAUCCCAUGCUACGCAAAUCACCCUGAAGAAGGCAGCGAGAUCAAACUCUUCUCCGGCAUUGCUAUUUAUUUCGCAGCAGAUUAAUCAGACAGGCUGUAGAUAAUCAUGAAAAUAAGCUGCUUUAAGGGAAUCUGGUAAAUGACGGUUAUCAUGAUUGUGAAUGAAAGAGUAUGUACUCACCCCCAGAGUCCAGUAGCCGGAUCCAGUCUUACAGGCCACGGGUGUGUUUGGUCCUGAUUAGGAGGGUUGGGCAAUUUUAUGUCAAAUAAAUCAAUCACUAUCUCACUAUCUCACUAUCAGACUGCACUUUCAGCAGCAACACAAUAUUCUCACAGUAUAAGAGUGUGUCAGCAGAUUUAGACUUUAAGAAGACUCUGAAAUGCAAAGUCUUACACCGUUUCAGAUAUAUAUAUAGCUAUCUUGCAUGCUAAUUCGAGAAGACUUUCUGUAUUUUAAAAAAAAAUCAUAUUUGCAUUUGAAAAAGCUUUGUGAAAAUAUCUCGAACAUGAGAACAAAAUCGCUCUGAAUUUGAAAUCCCCGUUAGUAAGGUGUCAGACAUCUACAACACAGACUCUAAACUCAUUUGGUCGGCCCGAUAAAGGUUCUUUAGAAUCCGUGAAGUAAAUUGUGCACUGUAAUUUAUUCGAAACGUUUAGCUAGUCUGUGUUAUUCCACUAGGGAGCAAACUAGAGCGAUAACCUGACAGCUACCGACAAAACGCGCUGACCGUAACUAAUUCGUCAUUAGCAAGAUAAAAACUUGACGUUGUACCGGAGUCCAUUUCCAAAAGAACCAGUUUAGCGGUUUCACAGUAACAGGGGUGAACUUCUUUUAUUUGUAAAUGAUUGUGCAAACUACAUUUGAAAAUAUAAAAUGUGUUUUUUUAGGUCUGUGUUCAAUCUGAUUGUGUGUUCAGAAUGUACAUUAUAUGGCUAAAAGGUUGUGGACACUGUGUUUGUUGAACAUCUCAUUCCAGAUUUAUUCCACCUUUUGCUGAUGUAAUAUCCUCCACUCUUCAGGGAAGGCUUUCCACUAGAUUUUGGAGUGUGGAUAGGGGGAUUUGUGAUCGAUCAGCUACAAGAGCAUUAGUGAGAUCAGACACUGAUGUUGGUGAGGAGGUCUGGGGUUCAGUCAGUGUUCCAGUUCAUCCCAAAGGUGUUCAGUGGGGUUGAGGUCAGGGUUUAGUGCAGGACACUCGAGUUCUUCCACUCCAACCUUCACACACCAUGUGUUCAUGGAGCUCGCUUUGUGCACAGGGGCAUUGUCAUGCUGGAACAGGUUUGGGCCUCUUAGUUCCAGUGAAGGGAAAUUGUAAUGCUGUAUCUGUAUAAAUUGUAAAACAGCGUACAGCGUACAUCCUAUACAAUUGUGUGCUUCCAACUUUGUGGCACAUACGAGCGUGAUUUUCAGGGGUCCACAAACUUUUGGCUGUAUAGUGUAAAUGCUGAAUUCAGAGAAUAAAUGAACACAUUUAAGAGGAGUUGUUGAUGUAUUAUUGAGCUAAAAAACUUUUUUUUUUUUCUGGUCCAGCCCACUUAACACUGGACUAAUGUUGCCCUGUUAAAUAAAUAAGGAAAUGAACACAGUAAGAGAACAAGUUCAGUAGGAAUACUUAACUGCAUCUACAGAUUAAUUCCAUAUGUAAAGAAUCAUGUGACUUGAAUGUUUUUGGAGUACUGUACAUGAUAAAUAAACUGGUUGAAGAGCUUGAUCGUGGGUUUGAGUCUGCUUGUGUAAUCAGCAUCAGAGAGACACGUGACGUGGUGACGUAAGAGUUGCAUCAUAUUCGCUUUCCAGCACGUUUUCAAUCU